AUGACUUUUGAGAGAGGCCUCAACUUUGUGAGAAGACACUUUCAGAGUGGGAAGACAAUGACAGCCCUGAAUGGUGCAGUGAAAGCUGACAGCUUUUUUUUUUAUGGGGGCGUCAAAAAUCCUUCCAGGCUACUGUUUCCUUUCCACGGACGCGACAUUUCCAGACAGAACUCCCGUGAUGUGACGCUGAUAACACAUAGUAACCUGGAGCCCGGUGGAAAGAAAGGCCGAAGACUGAGGCAAACGCCGGUUUUGAAAUUGGUCUCCUGUCGGCGGUGGCUACCGAGGACAGCUCCUCUCCGCAGUGAGGAAUUCCCUUUUUGGACAGCGGCGACGGCACGUCUGGAUCCAGACACCGGCAGGAGCACGGAGCGCAGGAGGAGACCUGCAAUGGGCAAUUCGGGACUCCGAGCACUGCUCUUCCUUCUCCAUACAAUUGCUCAAACCAUGGCAGAACAAGAAGUUGAAAAUCUCUCAGGUCUUUCUACUAAUCCCGAAAAAGAUAUAUUUGUGGUGCGGGAAAAUGGGACCACGUGUCUUAUGGCCGAAUUUGCAGCAAAAUUUAUUGUACCCUAUGAUGUUUGGGCCAGCAAUUUUGUCGAUCUGAUCACCGAACAGGCCGACAUCCCGCUUUCCCGAGGGGCCGAAAUGAAGGGCAGGUGUGGCCACAACGAAUCCGAGCUACAGAUCUUCUGGGUGGACAAAGCUUACGCCCUCAAACUCCUCUUUGUGAAGGAAGUGCAUAACACCUCCACGGGGCAAGAGGCGUCCUGGAGGCUGAGCAAGGUUCAGUUUGUUUACGACACCUCCGAGCGGACCUACUUUAAAGACGCCGUCAAUCCUGGAAAACACACAGCAAACUCCCGCCGCCUGUCUGCCUUAGUCACCCCAGCUGGGAGGUCCUACGAGUGUCAAGCUCAGCAGACCAUUUCCCUCACCUCCAGCGACCACCAGAAAACCGUGGCUAUGCUCCUGUCAGCUGUCCAUAUCCAGCCCUUUGACAUUAUCUCGGAUUUUGUCUUCAGUGAAGAACAUAAAUGUCCAGUGGAUGAGCGCGAGCAGUUGGAAGAGACUUUACCCCUGAUUCUGGGGCUCAUAUUGGGACUGGUGAUUGUACUGACCAUCGCAGUCUACCACAUCCAUCACAAGAUGACGGCCAAUCAAGUGCAGAUUCCACGAGACAGAUCUCAAUACAAGCACAUGGGAUAGGGGGUGGUUGGACAGGUGACAUCCACACUAAACCCUUAUAAGAUGCAGAGAAACAAAAUCACCUUUUCCUCCUAAGCUAGGUCACACACAAUACAGCACUCAUUUUACUAAGUGAAAACGGACACUUCUCAUUGUGCAUCCAUAUUUAAUCCCAGUGGGGGACAUUCUUCUCUCAGGCUUGCUAGGAAGUUGUGAAUUCUUUCCCUCCAUGGGAACUCAUCCAACUUUCCAGCUUUCUUUAGCUUGCUUUGGCUCCCCUAGGCUAGGACAGGGGAGACACAGAAUGCAGUGUCAAGAGGAGAGUUUUCCCUAAGGAUUCAAAACAAAAUGAAUACUUAGUUUCAAAAGGAAACCCCUUUUAGGUUGGAUUUGGAUGCCUUUGUCAAUCAAUCAAUGGUAUUUAUUGAGCACUUACUGUGUGUAUUAAGUGCUUGGGAAAGUAUAAUACAACUGAGUCGGUAGACAUGAUCCCUGCCCACAAGGAGCUUUAUCCCUCUGGAUAUUUUUGGAUGAUGCUGCACAGUGGUUGAUGCAUCAAAUAUAGAGCACCAUGCUACUGCAAGUUGAUCUGAAAGUGAUACAAGCUUUUGGCUGGGCAUUUUGCAUGAAUCGUGAUUGUAUCUGAAAUGUUACAUUGCUACCUUCAACUGAUGAUUUCACAGCAAGAGAAACUGUCAAUAUUACUAUGCAGAGAAUUUCAGCCAUGAUAAAAUAUAAUUGGUGAAGUACUGAAACUUGAAA